GAACCAAAUGGGAUAAAUGCGGUUGCAAAGUACACCAGCAGUUAGCUACUCUGAGGAUUAUUGUCAACCCCAGUCUGAGGUUUACACAGAAGAACAUGAAAAUCUGUUGGGUGAGGCUGCUGGGAAAUAGGUUUGGGUCAGAACUGAUGCCCUUAAUGUUGCUUGAAACACCACUGCUGCUAUUGAAAGAUCCUGGCCCCAAAACCCUAACCACUGCCUGCUUGCUCGAGAGAAGACUACGAUUUCUUUCAGAUGGACGUGAUAGGAAAGCAACUAGAUGUGUUGAUGGAAGUCAAUCAGAAUGGUGAUGUCACAAAGUUAAUCGGAAGUACUACGAUCGUGACGUCGACUAUUUCUUCUUAGUCGGCCUCGGUUAGCAUGAACUCUUUCAACUCGCUAUCUUAAAGGCAGAUGAUGUGGAUUUGGCUGUAAUUGUUAGAGGAACACCUGGAUUUUCUGGUGCCGAUCUGGCAAACUUGGUUAACGUUGCUGCUCUCAAGGCGCAAUAGACGGUGCUAAAGCUAUAAGCAUGGCUAACCUUGAAUAUGCAAAAGACAAAAUCAUGAUGGGCAGUGAACGCAAAUCAGCAAUUAUACCAGAUGACGUCCGUAAGCUAACAGCAUACCAUGAAGGUGGCCAUGCUCUUGUAGCUAUUUACAUUGAUGGGGCCCACCCUGUGCACAAAGCUACAAUUGUGCCACAUGUUGGGAGAAGGCGGGUUCAGGUUGGUUUUCAAGGGCUGGAUAGAUGAACAGUCUUUCACUGCUACUAAGCCCGGAACCGGCAUUGUUAUUGCUGUCAAAAAGCUUCGUCAAGAAAGUUUUCAAGGUCACAGAGAAUGGCUGGGUUUUUGUAACGGGUCGCAGGAGGAUCAUAUUGAGCAACCUGAACGCGGCUUGAAGGUGGUGGAAGAGAGUGCUGAUGUGAUCAUUCUAGAUGAUAAUUCUUCCACAAGUGUCACUGUGGCAAAGUGGGGUCGCUCGGUUUAUGUGAACAUACAGAAGUUUGUGCAGUUUCAGCUGACAAUGAAUGUUGUCGCGCUAUGGUUCUCUAAUUAUAUCAAUUAGAUCUUUCACCUUGACAACUCAGAUUCUGAUUUGGUUCUCAACACCCUUAUCUUCAACUCAUUCGUCUUCUGUCAAGUUCGUUAAAUAAAUAAAUAAAUAAAUGACGUUCAUUUCAAAACCAAUAAAAUUCUUUCUUUGGUUGUUAAAAAAAGAUGUAUAUAGAGUUAAUAAUAUAACUGAAUUUGUGACUAUCACUUAUUUUCUAUUGCUUUCUUUUAACCGGAAUUGUUUUUGGCAAAAAUGGUAUUGUUCAAGUACAUAGAGAUGCACAUAAAGGUCCACGUACAGUGAGUCAAUGACCAGUCCCAUGACUAUAGACUCUUUUAGAUAAGUGUAAUAAUUAUUAAUUGUUAUACAAAGUGUUCAAGAAAUUAUUACAUAUUUUUUUAAGAAUGUUAAAAAAAAAGAGUUUGAUACUGACUAAAAGUAAAAUGAGACUUUGUGUGAUGGCUGAAACAUUGGAUAUCUUGUUAGAUUGAUCCAGGGGUAGUUUCAUGAGUAAGAGUUGGGACCGUUAUCGAUCGGCUGAGUUAUCUACAUGGGCGUCAACAAAUCUGUAAAACGUUCGAAGCCUGGGUAGAUGGAACUGUGUUAUCCACUCGUUAUGCUGCAGGGGUAAUAUUGUCAUUUUGUUGAGUUGCUGGUACUUUGUGUACUUAUGGUACUAUGCAGGCCCGGGUCCUAUUAUUCGAAAUGCUCGGGACUGGUUUAAUGGUUUGGCUGAUUUAGUUGCUGCAUUUAUGGUUCAGAAGGCCCAAAAAGCUUGUUGCUAGCUAUGUUGGAUUUAUCCCGUUCAGGCCUACCACAACUGGGUUACUGGUGCUGAUCUACUGGCCUGGUUGGUUCUCUAUAUGGUCAGAUUUGGUGAUGGCCCUUUGGUGGGUUUCUCGUGUGAAGGCCAGGCCCCAUGGCCUGAAAAUGGGCCUGGUUUAUGGUUCGCUGAAGGCCCUGUAAUGAUGCUUGAAUUAUGGCACUAAUUGGUAAAAGCUAGGAACAAGUCUUCUGAGUUGGGCAUUGACAAGUCUCCAAAGGCUGAGGGUCCUCAUUUGUGUGCUCAAGUCUCCAGCCCGGGUUGUAAAAUGCGGUUUGGGCCUGUGUUAUUGGGCUAGGGAUAUGGCCGAUGGGGCCGUUGUUUGGGCUCCUGGUCUAUAAUAGUCAUGGGUGUCACAAAAGAUAACUCGAUUAUCAGAAAUGUUGGGAAUGUUUGUGGGUUGGGAGUCGCCUUAUAUUAUUGGGCGUGUUUAUACUACGUGUAAUUCUUAUAGACUAGGGUGCAUUUUGUGUCAUAGUAUGAGAAGUAUUAGGUUCUUGCAUAGUCGGAGGAAAGGUUGUAUGAUUUCGUAUUUUUUGUCCCCAAAGCAUGUUUUGGGGAUGAUACGGGGGAUUGCCCCCUUGAUGGUGUAAUUUUUCCUUUUGAGUUAUAUUCUUUGCCGGGCAAUGCCCUUUA